AUGGAGAAUUUCCCGACUGAGAUUGCAGUUGAGAUCGCCGCCCGCCUCGCCGAGUCUUCAGACUUUGCGGCGGCUGAGGAUUUGUACUACGACUACGGCUUCUGCCAGAACCUCAUCAUCAAUCUGUCCAAGGUCGGCAACCCGGUGGCGUGCUUCUUUGCGGGGAAGCGCGUGGUCUUGGUGGAGGUGCGCGGCGAUCUCCGGCCUAGCCUCGACAUGCUUGAGUGCGCCGCCAAGGCCGGGCAUCAAGUCGCCAUGCACAUCCUCGCCGUGUACAAGUACAGGCCCAACAGCAGCACCGAAGAAGAUGCCAGUGCCAUGGAGCUGUUCAGGAAGAUCGAGGGCGACGACGAAGGGGCGGGAGCACCAGCGACAUGGGCGAACAUGAAAAGGGAAUGUGGUCCCCUAAAUGGCUUGAAGGCAAUCUCCAAGAGAAUCAAGGCGGGCAAUCAAAAGAUGAAAGUUGACUUCUCCAGACUUGGAGGACCGGUAGGUGAUAACUACCGCUCAUUCAUUGAUGAAAUAGUAAUGUUUACAAGGAAAAGGGCGCCACUCAUUGGAGUGAAAUCGUGGAAACAUGUCCAUGAAGUUGUAGAAGAGUCAAUAGCAUCUGAUAUAUUGGCUAGGUGGGACAUUGAGGAUAAUGAUCAUUCAAGGAGAAUCAUAUGGGACAUUGCUAAGGAGCGUUACAAAGGAUGGCGUUCAACUUUCAGUGCUACGGCCAAGGCAUACAACAGCUACCACCAGAGAAUGCUACAUAAGCCUAAAGAAUUAGAUAUUGUUGAAUGGCACUAUAUGUUGAAGUAUUUUACGACUGCAAAAUUCCAGAGCAUACAAAAUUCUGGGAUUCGAGCCCAACAAAGGACCAGACAUUUGUCAGGCUCUAAGCCUUAUGCUCAGCGCAGCUAUGAGAAGAGACCCAGAAACUGGUGAUGAGCACAACGAUAUGGAACUUUGGUUUAUAACUCACACAAAGGAUGGGCACUGGAAAGACCAAGAAUCUAGGGAUGUCUACGUGAGUUCUCACUGAAUUUGUACAUACAUUACUAUAUAUAGUCCAUGCAAAUAUAGAAUGCAUGCAAUUUCUUGUUCAAAUAACUCCUCCAUCUG